AUGCAAAUAGGUUUCAGUGGUUUCAGAUAUGUUACACAUUGUACACACAACCAACCAAUUCCGAUCACGGUCUCAAAUGGAAAAGGUUACAUUUGGAAUAUAGAUGAUAUCGCUCAAUUGAGAGUAGAUCAUCAUAUUUGUGGUAUGUUGACUGGUACUUUACCACAACUUGCACAAAAAAACGUAUUCCUUGGUUUGCGUUUACAACUUUUACCUGAGGAAGUGGUUUUAUUAGUAGAGUUAGGUAUUUCAGUAUUAGUAGAUGAACGUAAUAAUCAUCGAAGACCAACACUAGAAGAAAGUAAAACGUAUCAACAAAAACGAGAUGUUGAACUUUAUAAAGAACAUCAAGAAGUUAUCAAACUAGAAGCUAAACGCAGAUCAGAAAUGGAAGCUCUUUAUAGUGAAGAUAUCGCACGUGCAGCUACACUAAGAAAGGCUAGAAACGUAACCAAAUCUUCAGAUCAACAUGAAUUAUUUAAUCCAGAAGCUGACGUAGAAUCAAAUCCGAAACCCCAGAAAGAAACCAAAGUAGAUCUAAAUAAAGUUAAUUAUUAUAUACCUGUACCAUUGAAAUCAAACUCUCCUUGUUAUGAACCAUCUGAAAGUACUUUUACCGAUCUUCGAUCUGCUCGUGAAGUUGGACUUUGGACUUAUCCUAAUACCAAUCAUCAACGUGCUCAUUGUGAAGUUUUCAAGGCACUUUGGAAAGAAGGAAUGUAUAUGGGUAUUAGUUUUAAAUUCUGUUGUGAUUUUUUGGUCUAUCCAGGUGAUGCACUUCGAUUUCAUUUGCAUUUUGCUUGUACUGUUAUAGAAUCUCCUAGUACUUCUAUCAAUCCUAUUGAUUUGGUUGCAUUCGGUCGACUUGCUACUGCGGUUAAAAAGGUACAUCUCUUAGCUUGUUGGGAUUCAGAAACUGGUUCGAUUGAUUAUCUCAGUCUCGAAUGGGCUGGUAUGGGUUAA